AUGAAGAGCCCAGGCUGUGUCAAAGACGUCCAGAGACUGGCAGGAAGGCUCACCGCGCUGUCUCGCUUCCUCGGAGCAUCGAUGACAAAAGCUCUACCCUUUUUCAAUCUGAUGAGAAAAGGGAUAGCGUUCGAAUGGACCCCUGCGUGCGAGGAGGCGUUCAAUCACUUCAAAGAGAUCCUGGCGACACCUUCCGUACUCGGGAAGCCCAAGGUCGGAGAACCACUCUACCUGUACCUGGCCAUAACGGAGGAGGCUCAGCAGCCAAUUUACUUUGUGAGUAGAGCGCUACAAGGAGCAGAACCGCGGUAUAGAAAACUGGAGAAGUUGGCACUGGCACUCUUGACCUCUUCUCGCAGACUAAGGCAGUACUUCCAAGGCCAUCAGAUCGCCGUGAGGACGGAUCAGGGAAUCCGUCAAGUACUCCAAAAACUCGAUUUAGCGGGAAGAAUGAUUACUUGGGCCAUUGAGUUCUCCCAGUACGACCUACGGUAUGAGCCCCGGCAUGCGAUUAAGGCACAAGCAAUAGCCGAUUUCUUGGUAGAAGUAACGAGGGACCCAACCGAGGAAACGGGCAUACGGUGGAGGCUCCAUGUAGAUGGGGCCUCCAACCAAAAGUCCGGAGGAGCCAGGAUCAUCUUGGAAAGUCCUACCGGGGUCAUAUACGAGCAAUCGAUCAAGUUUGAGUUCCCGAUAUCAAACAAUCAAGCCGAAUACGAAGCCCUCUUGGGAGGCCUGACCCUAGCUCGUGAAGUCGGGGCGUCGAGGAUGGAGGUGUGCAGCAACUCGCAGGUCGUCACUUCGCAAGUAAACGGAAGCUACCAAGUCAGAGACUUGCUGUUGCAAAAGUGCUUGGAAAAGGUUAGAGAAUUGAGCAACCAGUUUGAGGAGAUCACGAUCCAACAUCUCCCAAGAGAAAGGAACACACGGGUAAACCUCUUAUCUAAGCUAGCAAGCACAAAACCGGGAGUAAGCAACCGAUCACUCAUCCAAGGCAUGCUAAAGGAACCAGCAGUUGCCCUCCACUUGACAAAGAUAGGCCUCUCUUGGUUGGACCCUAUCGUCGAUUUUCUGGAAAGCAGCAAACUCCCUGAUGACGAGAAAGCAGCAAAAGCGUUGAGAAGGAAGGCAACCAAAUAUGCGACUAUACAGGGACAACUGUUUAAAAAGGGACUCAGCCAACCCCUGCUAAAGUGCCUACACCCCGAACAGAUGGAUUACGUACUCAGAAAAGUCCAUGAAAAGUGCUGCGGCCACCAUAUCGGGGGCAAAGCCCUAGCAAGAAAGCUCAUCCGAGCUGGAUACUACUGGCCAUCGAUGAUGGAAGAUUCCAAAGAAUUUGUGAAGAAAUGUGCCAAGUGGCAGGAGAACGCCAACUUCCAUAGAACACUCGCUUCCAAACUAAGCCUACUGACAUCCUCCCAACCCUUCUCACAAUGGGGAGUCGACCUCUUGGGACCCUUCCCGGUUAGCUCAGGACAAGUCAAAUACCUCAUAGUUGCCAUCGACUACUACACCAAAUGGAUAGAGGCCGAGCCACUGGCUAGCAUAUCCUCAUCCAAUUGUAGAAAGUUCAUGUGGAGGCAAGUGAUAACUCGAUUCGGCAUCCCAGAAGUCGUCAUCUCAGACAACGAGACGCAAUUCACUGACAAGAAGUUCAUAGAACUCCUCAACGGCCUGGGCAUAAAAUAG